GAAUUAAAUAAUCAAGAAUGCCAGCACGACAACCACCUAAACCUUCCAUUCUUUUGUUGAUACGCCAUUAACACAGAAAAAGUACUAAUUGAUACACUUUCUUAUUAUAUUCUCACUCUUAUUGUAUUUCCUUUUAUCUGCAACAAAAUUAUUUAUAUAAAGUUAAUAAAUACCAAAGCAACUGUGCAGACAGGACUCAGAUGCCAGUUUGGUUGUCAGAUUUCUGAUAUAGAUCCACUUUUAUGAUGGAUGAUGGUUCUUUGAAUUGAUAUAAAAGAAAGAUGUGGAAGUCACCUGUGAUCUAUAUUGGAUUUUGUGCGAUUCAUAUAGUUGAAGUUUGAGCUUCAGAUUGUUCUGGAAUAUUGCAUUUUGUGUGAGAUAUUAGCUGGGAAUUUCGAGGAAUUGUGGUGUUUUAUCUGAACUGUUAAAAGAUUUUAACUUGCAUAUUGCAUCAACCAAAUCUUGAAAUAUUAGACUUUUAGAAAAUUCUUUGUAGUGGGAACAUGGAAGGAGAAACUGGUUUUUAUUUUGAAUAUAAUAAUAUGGAAGUGAAAGUUGAAGAUGACGAAGAUGAAUUUCAAAGCUGUUGUGGAGAUGAAAUUGAUUUAGUGAAGGAAGAAUCAAGCUGUUGUGAAGAUGAAUGUGAAUUAGAUGAGACAGAAGAAGAUAAAAAUGAAUUAGUGGAGAAAAAAGAUUUGUCUGAGGGGAGUAAAAAAGAAUUUUUGGAUGGGUUUUCUGUGAAUAUGUUCUUCAAGGGUGUCUCAAUAGCUCUUCCAGGAGGUUCUGGACUUUCUGGCAUUGGCGUGUAUAUGGAAAGAUCAGCUGAAUUUCCCGUUAUUCAAGUGCAGAAAAUGCUUGAGUUUUAUGUUGAGGAAUCAGUUGCUGAUUAUUUAGCCGUGAUGGAUGGCUUAUCGGAGGCAAUGCAGAAUGAUGUUAGGCGUGUACAAGCUUUUACAGACUCUGAGGUCUUAUUCAAUCAGAUUACAUCCAACACAAAGCCUGACAGUCCGCUUAUCUUGGCGUUGAGUGAAAGGAUAUUGGAACAUGCAAAGAGUCUGGAUUUUUUUGAUCUAAAGUAUGUUCCUGACACUGAUAUGAGGCCCCUUCAAUUAGCCCAAAUUGCGAUUGGGAUUGUUUCUUCUCCUGCCAAAGAAAAUGCUGCAGUUGAAAAAUGUUUCAUAUGUUGUGAGGAGAAGCUUGCAUCUAUGAUGAUCACUGUGAAAUGCUCCCACAAAAUAUGUUCCCAUUGUAUAAAAAUUUAUGUUGAUGGAAAAGUAAAAGGUGGUCAUGUUCCCAUUAGAUGCCCUCAACCAAAAUGUCGUUAUUAUCUUUCUACCUCAGAAUGCAGAUCCUUUCUUCCAUUUACCUCGUAUAAGUUGCUGGAGAUUGCUAUAUCUAAAGCAAAUGUUCUCAACUCAGAUAAAAUAUAUUGCCCUUUCUCAAAUUGUUCAGUUCUGGUAAAUGCUAGUGAAAGCUUGUCAGCUAGUGCAAGUUCAUCAAGUCAAUCAGAUAACAGUUGCAUGGAAUGCCCAGUUUGUGAAAGAUAUAUAUGUAUAAACUGUGGCGUACCUUGGCAUUCCACGAUAACAUGUGAGGAGUAUCAAAACCUGCCAUUGGAAGAAAGAAAUACUGAUGACAUUAGUUUGCAUCAUCUAGCUCAAAACAAAAGGUGGAGGCAAUGUGAGCAGUGCCACAGAAUGACCGAGCUUACACAUGGUUGCUACCACAUGACCUGCUGGUGCGGGCAUGAGUUUUGCUAUUCUUGUGGUGCUGAAUACAUAGAUUCACAACAGAUGUGUGACUGUGCAUUUUGGAAUGAUACCUUCUCCGCUGAUGUGAUUACUCACCCUUCCCAACAGUUUGAGCAAUGGGCAUGGGAAUCCUUCGGUUCUCUGUCCACAAUGAUGGAUGCCUACUCAGAGCAAGAAAGAUCACAAUUGGCUCUCAUCCAGAGGUUCCUUGCUGGGGGUUUCAGUCUGAGUGACCAUCAGCCAGACCAACCCGCUCCACACUACCGAGACUCAUAUGCUGAUACCAUGAAGGAUCUUCGUCAGCUACCAUGGCUUGAGAGAUUUGUGUCAGUAAUUAGUGAUAACUACUAUGACGAGUAUAUCCAGUGAGACACUAGUAUUGUUAGGUUUAAUAUUAUGAACAUAGAGAUAAGCUGUUUAGCUUCCGAAGAUACUGAAUGGUAAGAGGGAGUCUCUCACUCUCUCACUCCACUUGCAAACUAUAGCAAGUUUGGUCUGAAAUGAAGGUUUAGGAUUUGCUGACUGACAGUUGCUUUCUUCUGGAAGGCAAAAGGAGAGAAUAACAGAAAAUUGAAUUGCAAUAGAGAAAAUAUAUACGCAUUUGAUUA